CUUGAUGCUUCAUGAAGCAUCAAGCUACAGACGUCGAGGAACCACACACAUUGUGCAUCAAGUACUUGUCACAUCAUGACGUUCACAGUUCUCCCCGAGUUUGCGGUGAUUACCAUGCAUUUUGGCUCAACUGUUUUCGCCUAAAGUAGGGCAUCUCAUCGUUCACACUGGAUGUUUCAGCCCAUAAAACAUCUACCUGCUACUAUGGCUUUGCCUCAUUCCCUUCCACAAAUUUCAUUAUGUUCACUUCCUUCGCCAUCAUGUUUGCGCUGCUCAGUUUCCUCGCUGGCGCCAAUGCAUGUAUAGAGUGCCCAGCCAGAGUGAAGGUCGACGGUAGUACCUCGCACCUACAUGAGACCUUCCCAACCGACCAGUUCACAUAUUGCAGUUACGACAAUGUCCACUUGAUCGGCGACGACUCAUCAGUGGGUUGUGCGUAUGAUAACGAGACCGGAAAGCUUUCACUGGGGUAUCAGUCUUGUCCGGCUACAGCAACAGUGAAGAAUAACUGCUGAACGUGAUCUGAAGAGGUGGGGGAGACGAGACACCCAACAGGAGGAGCGAUGUUCGUCUGCAGACAGCCGGGUGUAUGCUAGUACUUAGAUCACCAUCUUUUACGAGAAUUGCCAAAUAGUCUGGUCUUGCC